UCCAUAGUUGCUGUCUGAGCAGAGGCAUCGGGAAGAGGAGGCCAGUUGCUCUAACAUUCCUCAGGAAAGCUACUUAAAUGAAAUGAGAAGGCUUCUCUAUCCAAGGAUAUACAGCCAAGAACAGACGCCGAGAAGCUGUUUUCCUUCUUUUCUCCCCCAGCUCCUACUGGAGUUGAACAGCUCUCAUUUCUGGCAUGCGUCUCAUCUCUCAGGAUACGAUGUCACAGUAUUCUACUAACUUUCUCUUGCUCCCCAUACCAGAGUAUCCUGUGUUAGACUGCGUGCCCAACAAAAUCAUCAAGCUCGUGGUACUGGGUGGCAGUAGCGUUGGGAAGACAGCCCUGGUUGUGCGCUUUCUCACGAAGAGAUUUAUUGGAGACUAUGAAGCCAAUACUGGUGCUUUGUAUUCAAGAAAGUUCACCAUAGAUGGGGAACAGAUCUCUCUCCAGGUGCAGGAUACUCCCUUUGUUUCGUUGGAGGAUGACACUGACAGCAUAUGCUGCCAAGAGCAGAUAAACCGUUCAAUCUACUGGGCAGAUGGCUUCGUUUUUGUUUACUCCAUCACAGACUAUGAGAGCUACCGAGUCAUCCGUCCCCUACACCAGCACAUCCGCAAGAUUCACCCGAAUGCUAACAUUCCCCUGCUUCUGAUGGCGAACAAAGGAGACCUCCUGCGAGCCAGGCAGGUGUCCUCCAAAGAAGGACUCCAGCUGGCCACUGAACUGGGAGGUACUUACUAUGAAGUCUCGGCCAGGGAGAACUGUGAAGGAGUGCAUGAAGCCUUCCAGCAGCUUUGCCAGGAGGUCAGCAGGAUGAUCGGGAGCUGCAACGGAGAGAAACGAAGAGGCCUCCACCUUGUCCGGCCCAAGUCUCCAAACAUGCAGGACUUAAAGAGACGCUUGAAACAGGCUCUGACUUCCAAAGGGAAAUCUGCCACUACACUUUGAUGCAGCCAACAGAAACUGUUUUCCACAGCCCUGAAAAAAAGGCAAGAAAAUAAGCUGGUAAUAAGGGGCAUCGCUGAAAUUCAGCAAUCAGGUUGUGCAAGAGGCUCUUUCAUUUUGUCUUCAUGUCUUCCUUAAAAAUCCCGUGCUCAUUCAGCAAAGGAACUUAGAGAAUUUUCUCUUUGCGGCAAGAAUUUAGAAACUGUGAUUUAAAAAAUAGAUGUUCCCAAAUUAUUUCCUUUCUGAAAGGGACAAAGUCAAAUAGUUUAGGCUUAAAAUGUGGAUUUUAUUAAUAAAAAUAAUUAAAUCCUAAUUUUAA